UGUUGUCGCUUUAUGGCGUGCAGCGGCGAUUCAUUUGUACUAUAAAAUGCUUUCUUCGGACAGAUUAACAACGUUUUCUGAUGACGGAAGUAUAUUUGUUCAUUUUUCAAGUGACAAUACUUUUGUUAUUCGAGAUACUAUAUUAAACAAAGUAAACCAUGAGUGUAACAUCAAUGUGAAAAAACACGGUGCUUGUACUUGUCUUCUUUGGAUUCCUAGUAAACAAAAGACUUGUGUUUCCAAAAGGCCAAGAUUAAGCAAAAGAAAUUAUGUGCCACUAGAAGAUGCUUGUAUUGCAAUUGGAACUGAAAAAGGGGAAAUUUUUGUAUAUAGUUCUGUAAAUACAUUAUAUUUUAAGAGAUUGGUAAGUGAACAUUCAGACAUUGUAAAUGAUCUUUGCUGGAAUGUUGAAGCAGAAACUUUGUUUAGUUGCUCCAACGACAGCACUGUUGCAAUUUGGGAUAUUGCAAAUGGAAAAAUUAAGUCAAAAUGGAAAACAGGCAAUGCUGUUUAUUCAAUUUGUGCUAUUGAUGAGAAUAAUUUAUUAACUGCAGGUUGUAAUAUACUCUGGUGGAAUGUUCUGGAUCAAACCUUAAUAAAAAAGUUUAACCCACAACAUUCAAGUAUUUUCAAGUUGUUACCAAUUUAUGUUGAUGGUUCGGCCAGUGCUCAGUAUUUUCUGUCUGCUGCAGCAAAUGAUAACAGGAUAACUGCAUGGAGUUUAAAAGAAAGUAAUAAAAAUCCAAUUGCAACAUUUGUCUUAAAUAGUGAGCCACAAAGCAUGGAAAUUUCCAGAUCUUCAGAAAAUAAGCCUUUACUUUUAUCUGUGACAACUAAACAAGGAUCAGUGCAGAUAUUUGAACAUGUGUUCAAUGGUAAAAUUGAAGAGAGCAAACUACCCAAAGCUUCCAUCCACGUAACAUCAAAUUCUGACAAAUGUUCUUCAAAGUUAAAAUCGAUUCCUAUUUCAUCAAAAUUGUCCAAGGACUUAGAGACUUGCCUUAUAGUCUAUGGAUCACCUUCCAAGCCAAUAUUCGAAAAAGUGGAUCUUCUGGAUUGUCCGAAAGAUUUUAUUUUAUUAAAAGAAAAAUGUAAUGUUAAUGAAGAUAGUAAAGCAAGGAUAAAUGAUACAACAAAGUUAAAUGGGAAUGUUUCUCCCAAUCGAACUUUAUCUCCUAUCCCAUCAGUAGAAAGCACUAAAAGAAAUAGUAGAAAGGAAGAACCUAGCACAAGUAAUUCUGAAAUUGUUUCUAAACACCUUGUGAAAACAUUAAAAAAAAUAGAUAGUUCAAGUAGUGAUGAUGAUUCUUGCUCAAUGGAAACUUCAGGUGCUUCUGAAUCAAAUGAUUUACUCAAGCUUCUUCUUCAAGGUCUUCAAACAGAAAAUAAUGCAUUUCUAAAUACUGCACUACAAUGUGAUGAUGAUGUAAAAAUUAGGAAUGUACUCAGCCAAUUACCAUUACAGAGUAUAAAAAUAAUUUUAAAACAUUUGCAUCAAGUGCUCAAGUUGCAAAGGAGUGAUCUCCAUGCAAGAAAGUGGCUUAAAGAAUUGUUAGGACUUCAUUUGUGUCACAUUAACUCGUGUGAUGAAAUGACAGAAAUUUUAAACAAUAUAAAAGAGCUUAUUAAGUCCAAGAGGCCCACUGAGACUAUUUCAAAAAUAUGUGCAUUAAGGGGGCUGUUGGCUAUGUAUCAGAAACAGAUUGAUGAUACUGAUAGUGCAGAUGCUGAGCAAAAAACAGAAUCCUAAGAGUGUAAUUCAUUUAGUUUUAUCUGUAUUAUAUACAUGUAAAUGAGAAUCGGACAGCUUGUUGUUUUUUCUUUUAUUGUUGAU